UUGAGAGAUAAAAUGAAUAUAGAAGAAAAGGUCAAACGAUGAUAUAGAAGUAACAUCCCUGAUAACAAAAGAAAUAUGCCCUGCCCAGUUUUCUCUCCAAUCAAGCUAAUGCUCUAGUAAUUGGUAGCUGAGUAUAUAGACAGUAAUAAUCGUUGUAUUUUGCACAUUAAAUCCAAUCGUUGGAAGCAAAGCUUUUCCAACCAGCCGACCUAGAUUACUUUCUUUGCAAACGUAUAACGUUUCGCUUGCUCAUCGAAGCUGAGAGAAAUGCCUCAUCAUCGCAGCAAACAGCGUGGAGACGAGAAAUGAAGAUGACGAAACCAUAAGAAAACCAAGAAGUCGAUGGAGAAAUUUAAUUAUCAGAUUGUCAGCUUAGUUAUUAAUAAUAAUUCUACUAUUUAAAAAUAGAUGAAAACGAAAAUGCGUGUUAAAGAUAAUUCAUAUAGAUAUGAAAGGAGAUUGUCAAGUGCACGUGGAAAAUUUUGGCGGCACGCGUCAAUGAAGGGGUAUCACGCUAUAAGCUAUUCUUCCCCGCCUGCAAGUAUUAGACUGAAGUCUACUUAUUCUAGUAGAGUGUUUCGAGUCCAGUGUUCUCGCCGACUGGCUGACUGGCUGGUCGGUCAGUCAGAACGGUUGUUCUCGCUACUUGUUUUCCAGUGCCUCGAAUGAUUUCGCGUUUGUGGAAGACAAGCGAGUCUCGCUCGAGACGGAGUCGCAUCGAGUAGAUCGCUGGGUUGCGAGGUGGAGGAGGAAGAGAAGGCAAGAUGCGACGAAGGGUAGAAGGUGACUUCGAAGACUCAAGAAGAUUCAGAAAACCAAGAGUAGAAAGCUAUGGAUUUCGAGUUCUGGAAGAUACCAAUAUCAGUGACUAUUACUUGGGUAUUCCAGAGCCACCAAGAGCUCCAGAACCUUACAAAAUCACAGGUGGAUCAUCGUCGACAGCACGAGCUCAUCGAAGGUCGAGCUUCGUGAUCCUUGCAGAUUCGGGGGAAUCUAUAUCACGAUCGGUAGCAGGGUCACCUGCUCACGAAAGAAUUAGAAGUCCUCUGUCACCUCAUCGAGUGAUUCAUGGAAGAUCCUCGCCAUUUCGACCAAGAGGAUUUAAAGGACCGCCUCCGCAUGCUCAGUCAAGGCCCCAAAGUCCUCCAGUGCCGGCUCAGAGACGAUUUAUUCAACCAAAAUCAUUAUCGCAAGGAAAUAGUCCCAGGAAACAAAGUCUGAUUCCCCAACCACAGAGAGGCUUCAUUUCCCGCACCAAAAGCCAGAAGAACAAGGAUCGUGAUCGAUGGGAACGUCGCUCAGGUCGUUAUGUCACAAGAAUCCCUCGUUCCAGCUCUCUCAAGGCUCCUACGACUACAAGACGUCCAGUCCUGGAAACGACACGUGCUGCUAAGCUAUCAAACAAGCCAACAAAACCAACCCCCAACUCGACCACAAAUCUAAAUAGUUUUACUACCACUACUAAUACUACAUUACCAAUUACAACUAUAACUAAUGCCCAAGCACAAUCGGAGAAGAAAAUUAAUCGAUCGCCUACGAAAAUACCUAUUCGUCAUACACCCAGUGGUCGAUUUAUUCAACUCCCCAACUCUGAAAAACCUGAGAGAAUAAUAAAAGAAAAUUUACCUCCAGCUACUGAAUCUAACUCAGCUUCAUCUAACCAAGUUAAUGAUCAAGCUGCAGCUGUAGAAGUGGAAAGUAAUUCAACACAACCGGAAGUUGCAAAUAAAGAUCUAGGUAUUGCUGAUCUUCUUAAACAACCAGCAGCUGGUGACGGAACUGCUAGUGUAGUUAAUGCCACGACAACAACUGCUGUUCAGCCUCUUAAAAUUGAUGCUGCCAAAAUUUUGCCUCUAGACAUAGAUUCUAUUUCAGUAAAAAAUUCUAAAGAAGAUAAGAAAAACUCUUCUAGAUCGUGCUCACCCGAAAUACAAAGUUCAAAUGCAUCAACAAGUCAAAAGAUUUCUGCUAUUGUGAAAGAUGAAAAAACUCCACAAUCGUCUUCGUCUACUGAUGUUGUUGUUGAGCCAAUGAAUGUUGAAGCGGUUGUAGAAAAUAUCGACAAAGAGGAAAGUAAGGAUAAUACUGAGAUUAUUACAGCUGAUAAAGAAAUAAAAAAAGAAGGUAGAAAGGAGGGAAAAGAUGGAAAGGAUACGAGUGAAUUGAUCGAACUUAAAGAGAAUAAAACAAAGGAAGAUGAAGCAGAAAAGAAAUCAAAGUCCAUUCAAGAGGUUGAAAAGCCACAAGCUGCUUCUAGUACAGGUUCCAAUGUUUUUUUAAUGAACCCUGCUAAUGAAAAAUCUGAAAGUCAGAUGAAAACUACGAUUGAAAGUCCAGAAAUUCAAGCUCAAGAUAAAUUAAAGAAUCACGGCAGCGAAAAUUCUAUCAAAUCAUCUAAUGGAUUAUCAACGUAUUCUGGAGAAAGUAUUCGAUCAACUGAUACUGGAGUAAGUUUGAAUACAGUGCGAGGGGUGUCUUCAGCUCGAGAAAAAAGGGGUACUCACGUAGUUAAGAGAUCACAAGAGAUUGAAACACUUAGUGGAAAUGUUAUGAAUUUAGAAAAUCAAAGAAAUGGUGAUUCUGCAAUUGUGGAAGUAGCAGAAUCUACUGAGGAAAUUCUUCCAGCUUCAAGUAGGCAACCAAUUUCAAAACGUGAGAGGUUCAAAAGGUGGAAGGAUUCAGUGGUACAACGAUGGAGAGACCGUUGGGGUAAACAGAAAAUGAUGAAGAAAAAUAAAAGUGUUAUGAGGUUUCCUAAUAUGAGGCGAAAAAAGAAGAAUAAAGUGGAGAAAAUGAAAAAAACAGAGAAUGAAAAUCCAAAUGAACAACAACAGCAACAGCAACAACAAGCAACUGAAAAUGUUACUCCAAAGCCAAAUGCUUGCUCCAGAAUGAGAGCAGCUUGUUUAAGAAGUGUUCGAUGGCAUUCAAAGAUAGCCCCAGCGGAAUCAACGACAAGCUGCUGUCGUCCAGAAAGAAGCUGUUGUCUAUUAUGUAAGUCAAGUUGGAGUUGGUGCCGAUGGCCUAGUUGUUGUUCUUGUAGACGUGGUUCUGAGCCAACCAAGAAUGUACGUGCCAAACACAGUCUAACUAGUGUCGCACCACCACCACCAUUAUCUGAGGAACACAAAUCCAAGAUUCCGGAUGUUCUUAUUGAGCACAACUCGGUGAUGCGAGCUGCCAUUCCCUGUCUUCCUGUCCCACUAGCCUGGUUUUGCCUCGUUUGGAAUAUCCUCCUUCCCGGAACUGGCACCUUGUGGAGUGGACUCUUCAAUCUUUGCUUUGGCCAGCCUCGCUUUGCCGCGACAGCCAGUGCCAAGUCAAGAUUCGGUGCUUUGAUUGUCAAUAUAAUUGUUGGAAUUAGCCAACUCUUUACAGUUCUUUUUUGUCUUGUUGGAUGGGGUUGGAGUAUCUGGUGGGGUGUCACAAUGAUUCGGUUAGCAAGAAAGUGGAAGCGUUUCAAAGCUACAGAGGCAUCGAAUAAUGAUCCAGAAGCAAGAGGUGAUGAAAGAACAGUUUUACCUGCACCAGGAGUUCCAACCCAAGCUCUCAGAGAAAUGGAACGGACACGUUGAUCCUACCUAAUUGAUCUGAUUGCUUUCUUGCGAUUUUCUCUCAUUCUUCCGUCCAAUGAUACAUCAUAUAUAGUCUUUCAAACUUUUUGCUUUCAAUGAAAGCAUGUAAAUAUGAUAUUAUUGUACUUUGAUAUUGGCGACAGAAAAAACGUCGUUAAAAAAUAACAGUUUUUUCUGAAUUUUUUUUAUACUGCACGCUUUACAUUGUAUUCCAAUGAAGAUGAUGUACGUGUACUUGAUAUAAAUCUUGUAAAUAUUGAUCCAAUUGAUAAAUAUAUUUAAUAAUUAAUCAUAUCACUCAUUGAUUAUUAA